AUGGCGUCAGCACGCAGCACUGGGCCACUGGGCAAAACACAGAAGACUCGGGCACGACUGGGUGAGGAGCCCUCACUGGAUUCUCAGCGCCCACUAAAGCGCACGUCAACGGCCAGGUAUCACCAAGUUCAUUCAUAUGACUAUAGUAUUAGUAUCGAUUUCGGUACGACGUUCACCUCAGUAGCGUGUAGCAUCCGGGGCGGUGCACCAUUCACACUCCAGGAGUUUCCAGACGAUCCGCAACCUGGCCGCGUGAACAUGCAAGUGCCCACAGAGAUCCUGUACCUCUCAUCUGAGAGCGAAGGAUCUACCGGCGUUACACACAAGAGGAUCUAUGGCUAUCAAAUACAAGAACGCCGCAAUCAUCCGAGCGUCUACGAGGACGGCCUUACAGAGGCCGGCCAUAUCGUCAACGUCAAAUUGCUACUGGACAAGACCGUACACCUGAAGUCCCUUCAGAAGAAGUUGAAUGAGACGUUGGGUGAGCUCAAGUUACAGCAUAUCAUCUCGAAAAACGAAGAUGUCAUACGCCACCUUCUGGAACUCUAUCUGCAGCACGCAAAGUAUAUCAUGGUUCGGGACUACGGCCUCAAGAGCUGUAGCACCGUGGAGGUAACAUUCUGCGUCCCGGUAUGUUGGGAUCCAUCUGCAAAUGAGAUCAUGAGCGCGUGCGUACAGGCAGCGCUCAGGAAAGUUGACCUUGGUAUCGGCCCUCAGAAUCAAUGUAACCUCUUUAUGGUGAAUGAAGCCGAGGCAGCGGCUAUGCACACGUUGAGUGGACACGUUGGCAAAUAUCAUCUGGGAGAAUCAUUUCUCCUGCUGGACUGUGGCGGUGGGACUAUCGACCUUGGUGUAUAUGAGAUCGGACGUGACUUCCCAUUUCGACUGGGCAGACAAGUCAACCCUACCUCAGGGGCGGUAUGUGGCUCUGGUGACCUCAAUCGAGCAUUUUCCGAGUUUGCGACAUCACUUCUCAAGCAUGCUACAAUAUCUGCUGCAGGCGACGAUACAAUUGAGCAUAUCGUUGAGACGGAGGUGUUACCUCAAUUCGAGAAUUGGACCAAACGUUCAUUCUCUCUCAAUCAUAGGGACCUCGAGAAUAAAUCUUACGCAUUUCGGAUUCGAGGCCUGCAGGCCAUUCCUGGUGACGAUCGAAUAAAGAAAGGUACAUUCGUCUUGAGUUUUGAUGAUAUGGAAGCUCUUUUCGCGCCAAGUCUCAAAACCAUCGCAACUCUUAUGAGAAACCAGAUUUUCUACGCAAUCGAAGCCCGCACGAAAGUGAACAAGGUCGUCCUAGUCGGGGGUUUCGGUGAUUCCCCAGCGUUGAAAGAAUAUCUGGGAAACACUCUGGAUCAGAUCAACGCUGAGUAUGGCACAAGCAUCACAAUCAUUACGGCUCCUCAAAAUACUGCAGCAGCUGGCGUUGCCCUGGGUGCCUUGAAGCGAGCACUCGACAAAACUAACGGACCGGCGAAGAUACCAUGUCAGAGCAUCGGCAUCUACCAUCACUUGCGAUACGAACCUGAUCGUUACAGUAAAGAUGUCCUCAAUCAGCACGAAGAUUAUUGGGAAAUGUGCGAGGAAGACGGCGAGGAGUAUAUCAGUAACACUAUCCAGUGGAUAAUCAAAAAGGGACAAGGAGCUGCCCAAUCCGUCCACGAAUACGGAUGGGAAAGCAUGCACAUUUUUACCCCAGCCCACACCACCCAAUGGAUAGCAGAAUACGAACUCUUCGCCUCAGACGAAUGUACAGAAGACUACUAUAUUCGCAAUCACCCCAAGAACAGAGGAAAGGUGCACAAAAUCGGAAAAGUUGUUUUCGACCUCAUGCCCAUACGACCCUACCUCCAACUGCUCAAGGCAAAUGGCGCCGACGAAGGUCAGGACCGAUACGAACCUACGAUCAAGAUCAAGAUGAAGAUCAUCGACAAACAUCUGGAUUUUGUCGCUUACUAUCCUGCUGAGGGCCAUCCUCAGAUAACGAUUCAGGGCGUCCAUGAACACUUCAGCGUUAUUUCGUGGUUUGAACCGGGCACUGUCUAA